UCUUCCCCCGGACCAGGCUCGGUUGAGUCGUUGGAUCGAGGAGGAGUGCGGUUGGCGGCCGCGAUGGUCUGACAGAUGAAAUAGCGAAAAAAAGAAAGAGAAGGCGGGCGUCCUCCCACACAAAACAAUGUUCCCCAAAGGCAAAGGCACCCCGGUGCCGUCGGACAGCCAAGCGCGAGAAAAGUUGGCUCUAUAUGUCUAUGAAUAUUUGUUACACAUAGGAGCACAGAAGUCUGCACAGACCUUUUUAUCAGAGAUCCGAUGGGAGAAAAACAUAACCCUUGGAGAGCCCCCUGGAUUCCUACAUUCCUGGUGGUGUGUUUUCUGGGACUUGUAUUGUGCUGCACCCGAGAGGAGAGAGACAUGUGACCACUCCAGCGAAGCAAAGGCCUUCCAUGACUAUAGUGCUGCAGCAGCGCCCAGCCCCGUGAUGGGGGGGAUGCCUCCAGGUGAGGGCAUGCCAGGGGGACCGAUGCCACCGGGCUUUUUCCAAGGUCCACCUGGUCCCCAGGGCUCUCCUCACCCUCAGCCUCCUCCCCCUAACAGUAUGAUGGGACCACACAGUCAGUCCUUCAUGUCGCCUCGUUUCGCUGGAGGCCCGAGAGGUCCCCCCAUGAGGAUGCCCAACCAGACCCCUGGCGGAGGACCUGGUCCUCAUCCCAUGUUGCCCAACAUGGAUCCUACACGACCACAAGGCCAUCCUAAUUUGGGGCCAAUGCAGAGAAUGAGUGGCCCUCGUGGCAUGGGGCCCAUGGGGCCCGGCCCUCAGAACUUCGGCGGUGGAAUGAGGCCUCCACACAACGCGAUGGGUCCUGGUAUGCCAGGAGUGAACAUGGGCCAAGCGACAGGUCGACCAUGGCCCAAUCCUAACAAUGCCAACACUAUGCCUUACUCAUCACCCUCUCCUGGCGCAUACGGGGGGGCAUCUGGCGGUGGAGGUCCUCCUGGAACUCCCAUUAUGCCCAGCCCUGCAGACUCAAACAACUCUGGUGACAACUUGUAUACUAUGAUCAACACUGGACCAGGCAACCGAAAUAAUUUCCCUAUGGGCCCGGGCUCUGACGGGCCCCUGGGAGCCAUGGCUGGGAUGGAACCACACCACAUGAAUGGAUCACUAGGCUCUGGAGACAUGGAUGGAAUGAACAAGAAUUCCCCAAACAAUUUAAGUGGCAUUAGCAAUCCUCCCGGGACCCCACGGGAUGACGGAGAGCUGAGUGGAAACUUCCUCCACUCCUUCCAGAGUGAGAACUACUCUCCCACCAUGACGAUGAGUGUGUGACCCCCUCUCCUUCCACCGCCGUCCCAUUGCCCCCCAUCCCCACCCAGCAUUAUUUGCCAUCAUUCCAAGGAUCUGAACUCGCAACCGAAACAUGGCCAAAACACAUCAGCGCCAAAAUCAGGGACAGGCGCCAUUUUGGUUCCACACUAAUGCCAGAAUGCAAGCGACCACUGCUCCUUACUCAAAAUGAAGGAUGAUUUUCUCCAUCUAUUACAGCCACAUGUGACAGAAACCAGCUACUGAAAUGCAAACAUGACACGUUUUAUGUUCCUUUUGCAAAAGCCCCUUCCAUGCCACCGAGUCCCAUCAACCUUCCUCAAUGAACAGGAAAAAAAAAAAAAAAAGGUUGACGUUUACCUCUUGUACAUUUCAAUGAUCGCUUCGUGGUGCAAAAUGUGCAGGAAAUAUCCGCUUUUGUCAUUUAAACACUGGAGAGUGUGCAUAUGCAUUGUGAGCUUGGAACGUUUUUGUCUUGUCCUUUUUAUUUUAUAAUUUUUUUUUUUUAUAUAUAUAUAUAUAUAUAUAUAUAUAUAUAUUUUGCCAUGCAUACCAUCUCACUAUGUUGGGUGACAUAGGAUUCUGAAUUUGCCUUUCCCCCAUGUCCCCCAGCAGCCACCUUUAAUAAUAAUAAUGUACUAUUCCCUUCUGAACCAAUCCUUCUAUUUAAAGAGAUUUUAAGGGUAAAAUGUGUGAGAGAAAUGUGGCUUUUACUUUUUCUCAUAUCCUAUUGAUCCAGUUUGAUCCUUUUCCGGCCUAUUGUUGACAGCUAAACGGCUCUACUGUCUGAGCUGCUUCAUUCAAACAGCUGGACUGCUGCGGCUGCUGUUUGCUGUCAGGGGAAGCCAGACUUUGGCAUAGGAAGUGAGUGCAUGAGUGCUGAGGGUUUGUGUACAACAUACUACCUAGUGCUGCUCUUCUCUAUGUGGACACCUGCUUUAAGAUGUGGUGUGUAUCUCCUUACCUGCCUGUGCUUAACACUCUGUGCUCCUCAUCGUCGUAGCCUUCCGUGUUUUUUGUCUGUUUUUGGCUUUGUUACGAUAAAAUGGCCCAUUUGUUUAUAUCACUGGUCGUCGCCAUUGCCCCCAUUUCCCCUCCCCCUUUUAGCCCAUCAACUUUUUUUUUAUUUUUAUAUUUUGAUAAAAAAAAAUCCCACUUUGACUACGUAUAUUGCCUCAGUUAUUCAUUUAGUCAAAGUUUUCUAAACUGAUUCUAGUAGGGGUCAUUAUAAAGUUAGCAUCAGUCUUGUAAAUGUGAUGAGAAGUUUUUGUUUUAUUUGGUUUAGUUUUGUUUUUUUCCCUGUGAACAUUACACAUUAUACACAUCUGUCCUAUGUUGCCUUUAUUUGCUGAUAUUUUUUUAUUUCAAAUUGAGGAAAGAUUGCUUGUUAAUAUAAUUUUACAAUAACUUA